AUGGGUUGCGACAUCUGUAAGACAGCAGUGGUUGCUCCAGUAAUUGUGAUUUCGGAUGAGAAACAUUCAUUGACUAGUACCACUGAACAAGUUGAAACAAGAGAUGAACCACUACAAUUCCCUCAGUCACAAGUAAUACACAGAACAAAAUCAUUGACGUCUACCAAUACAACAGACCCAAGGGAAAGUGUUGGUCUGGUGGUUAUAAACCAUUCAAAUGAAAGAAAUAUAUUUCAAUCAACACCAUCGAAUAACUCCUCGGGAAUCAAUUCUGAUCAAAGUACCAGUUUGAAAAGUGAACGUGAUUUUCGAUCAACGUCAUCUCACUCAAUGGAAGUGUUUGUGCGACCGAAAACUGGCCGAACAUUAGUUGUUGAAUCGUUUCUAUCGGAUUCAACGGAAAAUGAUUUCCCUAACGAGACAAUGAUUGAGCCGGAUGACAAAGAAAUCUCCCAUGAUGGUGUGGUCAGUUCAUCGACACCAACCAACGUCGAACAAACAAUAUUAACACGACAUACGACAUCUCGGUUUAACGAUGAGCGAGCUACUGUCAUCAAAGAUUUCUCCAGUGAUUCCGAUGAGUCGUAUCCAUUGCACAAAAGUUUUGUUACCUCGUCAUCCGAGUCGGAUAUCACAUCAAUCAAUGAGAAAUCUGACCACCGAUCGUUGGUCACAAAUAUGUCCAAAGAAAACAUCGCACGCGGUAUGAUUGCUGAUGGCACGGAUUCUUCCAUUCAACUUCAAAAUAGUCUAUCGAGUGAUUCUGAAGGUACGACUGUACGUAAAAGAGUAUCGAACAUUUCACAACCUCCACAUCCAAUGAAGUCAGAUAACUGUUCGAACGUGUUUGUUUAUGAAACAUCCUAUGAAUCUGAAAUUGACGCAGAGCGAUAA